AUGGCGACCUCGACGCUGCAGAUCGACCUCACCACCGUCCUGUCGCUGCUGGGCACGCUCGCCGUGCUGGCGACGGCCUACGCCCUGUCGCUGCGCCUGCUGCCGCGCAGCAGCGGCCCCAAAGCCCGCGUCCUCUUCGUCUGGCACCUCUUCGACGCGCUGAUCCACUUCGUCUUCGAGGGCUCCUUCCUCUGGAACUGCUUCUGCGUGCAUUGGAUCCCCCCGCCGCCGCCUGCCGCCGCCGCCGCCCCCUCGCCCUUGUCGCCGUACUCGAUCGCCGCCGCCGCCGCUCACGCCGCCGCUUCGAACGCCCACACCACCACCCCGCCGCCGAGCAGCCCGACGCCACAAGACUUCCUCAUACUCACCCCGCCCGACGUCUUCUUCCUGCAGCGCAACGACACGCUCUUCGGCGCCGCGUACGGCACGGGCCCGUUCAGCCGGCUGUGGCAGGAGUACGCCAAGGCGGACCGCCGGUGGGGCGGCGCGGACCUGACGGUCGUGAGCAUCGAGCUGCUGACGGUCUUUUUGGCGGGCCCGCUGGCGCUGUGGUGCGCGGAGCAGGUGCGGCGCGGCGAGUGGUAUGCGGGACGGCAGGGGAUGGAGGGCCGCAAGUGGUUCUGGAUGGUGGUGCUGGCGACGGGGGAGCUGUAUGGGGGUUUCAUGACUUUUGCACCCGAAUGGCUCUCCGGCUCCCCUAACCUGGACACUUCAAACUUCAUGUUCAAGUGGGUCUACCUGUUCUUCUUCAAUACGUUGUGGGUCUGGCUCCCGCUGUGGAUCAUGUAUGAAGCCUACAAGGGUAUUACCAGUUCCCUGUCGCAGAAGGAGGUCGUCAACGUCAUCAGCUAUCUCGAAAAGAAGGCAGACUGA